ACAUCUAUAAAUUGACCCGCCUGUCAUAAACCCUAGUCUUACUGCAGAGUCUCGUUCGUCCGCCGCUCCAACCCUCUUCGAUAUCCAAAGCGGAGCUGUAGAAAUGAGACCUCCAAGAGGUGGUGGCCGAGGUGCUGGCCCAAGAGGCCGGAGCGAUGGAGGCGGAGGUAGAGGCAGGGGAAGAGGAUUCGGUGGCCGUGGAGGUGACCGUGGAGGCGGCCGUGGGGGUGGCCGUGGGGGCGGCCGUGGGGGCGGUAGGGGUGGCCGUGGGGGCGGUAGGGGUGGAAUGAAGGGCGGGAGCAAGGUCAUCGUCCAGCCACACAGGCACGACGGUGUCUUUGUGGCCAAGGGGAAGGAAGACGCCCUCUGCACAAGGAAUCUGGUCGCUGGUGAUUCCGUUUAUGGUGAGAAGCGCAUUUCGGUUCAGAACGAGGAGGGAACUAAGGUCGAGUACAGGAUUUGGAAUCCAUUCCGCUCGAAGUUGGCAGCAGCCAUUAUUGGUGGUGUUGACAAUAUAUGGAUGGGCCCUGGAUCUCGAGUACUGUAUCUUGGAGCUGCGUCAGGGACCACUGUGUCUCAUGUGUCUGACCUUGUUGGACCUACAGGAGUUGUUUAUGCUGUUGAAUUUUCGCAUAGAAGUGGUAGGGACCUUGUGAACAUGGCAAAGAAGCGAACAAAUGUUAUUCCCAUAAUUGAAGAUGCUAGGCAUCCUGCCAGGUAUCGGAUGUUGGUUGGCAUGGUGGAUGUCAUUUUUUCAGAUGUUGCCCAGCCAGACCAGGCAAGGAUUUUAGCACUAAAUGCUUCUUAUUUCUUGAAGAAUGGUGGCCAUUUUGUGAUCUCAAUUAAGGCAAAUUGUAUCGAUUCCACGGUGCCUGCUGAGGCUGUAUUUGCCCAAGAAGUGAAGAAACUGCAAGCAGAGCAGUUCAAGCCUGCGGAGCAGGUUACGCUGGAGCCAUUUGAGCGUGACCAUGCUUGCGUUGUUGGUGGUUAUCGGAUGCCCAAGAAGCAGAAGGUAGCCACAGAAAGCUAGGAUUAGAAUAACGUUUGCCACCAUUUGAUUUGCUCGUUGUAGUCGAAUUUUAGUUUAUUAUCUACUUCUAAGUAGCAAACUUGACAUCAGGUGAGCCUGGAGAUCUGUCAUUUGGAUAAAUUAUUACUCACUUGUUAUAAAAAAUCUACCAUAAUUCUGCCUGCUUAUUAUCUGAA